CUCGCGAGUGCGGAUUUUCGAACCUGUCAGGGUCUGACUGUUGCCAUGACGUGUCAAGCUACAAUCUCGUCUUCCAGCAGCAAGCGCUUCUCUGAAAAGGAUCUGUGAGUAUGAGUGUUGCAGCGCAUAUCCACUUGUCGGCUCACGACGCCAUCUUUUCCCUAGGGAGACAAUCAAGGCCUCAGAGAUUAAGCAAACCAGAUUCAAGGAGCUAGUUGUAGCGAACAAGGCGUACUCGGGAGCCGAGAAGAAUGCUGUCAAAAUUACCUCAGUGACGGAGUUCUAUGCGUUCUGGGAAAGCACCGUCGAAGCCAGGAAAGAUUUCGAUGACAGGCAUGAAAGGGGCUGUGGUCUAUGGUCGAGGAACUACCAAAAGUCAGCGUCUGUGGUCCGCAGCUUCGUGAAAGACUUCUCCCCGAUCCUGGAUGUUGUGAGGGAUUUCGCUGCACCAUAUGGAGGAGUUGCUAUCGGGACGAUUUCUGUUCUCUUCGCAGUCGCUGCCAGCAAGAACGAGAUGGAAAUGUCGUUAGCAUCAGCCAUUAAUGAGAUUACCGAUCGGCUACCUGGGUUAAAUUUGUACAAACACAUAUACAACGACAACCACGAGCUCGACACAAAGCUUCAAGGUCGAAUAGUGUCCGCUUACGAGAUAUUCAUCGAGUUCUGUAUCGAGGCAACGCAGUAUUAUAAACGCAAGGGACUUCGGCGGUGGCUGAGCGCCCUGGGUUCGCCAAGUGAUCUUCGCGACAAGAUUACAGAGACACAGAAGGUGAUACAGGAGAUACGACGGAUAUGCGAUGAGCUGGUCGACAAGAACAUCCACCUGAUCAAACAACUAAAUUUGGAGCAGAAAGCAACCAUUCUGAGACUGGAAGAGGAGGUAGACCAGCUGCUGAAAGCCCAAGACAAUCACGUACUCACCGAAAUCCAACACUCUCUGGGCCUCUCCAGCUUUUCAGGCGAGAACCAUCGCAAACAACUCGAACAAUAUCGCAGGGCUUUGUACAAUGAUGAUCACCUUAAUGCUCCCUACUUUGAGCAGAUGCAGGGCAGACGGCUCGAAGCGUUCCGCGCCUGCAACGAGUAUCAGUCCUGGAGCAAUUCCAAACACCCCUGCCUCUUGAUCCUGUCGGGCCACAACGACAACAGCAUACGUUACUUGGAUCACUGUUGGGUCUCUCCUGUGGCCAUGACUUUGAUCGCAGAUCUCAGCAACGGGGACAACGAUCGCAUUCAUGGGUGCUACGUAUUUUCUUCGAGGGGCGAGUCGCUCUGCCACGCCUUCUCAGUGGUCCUCUUGCAACUGUUCAGCAAGCGGAGCACGGUCCUACGAAACAAAAGCCAAUGUGAUGAGCUUCGCGCAGAGUUGAACAAUCUACGUCAAUUCCACAUUGCAGAGGGAAAGCCCGCGAGUAAUAAUGAGACCAAGAAACUCUCCACGUUCGAACGCGUCGCGCUUCGGGCAAUCGACUUCUUCAGCGAGUCGGAUCAGGUGCACAUCAUCCUCGACAGGGCUGACCGCUGUUGUGACUUGUUCAAAGGGGUGGACCACCGGAAGGCGCUGUUCAAGCUCCUGGUGAAGCUGGUGGAAGCGGCACGGUGUAAUCUCAAAGUCCUGGCGGUCGUCAACGGUGACCAGUGGAACAUCGAGACCAGAAGAGAUGAGCUAGGACAAAGGAUGGACGGCAGGGUCAUAUUGCACACUGCUGUGCAAGGCAUGCGCGAUUAGCACAUGGAUAGCUGACUUGAAAUCCUGAUACGUGUCAUGAAGCUACACUGCAAGGAAUGGAAGGGGUAAUAUUUUGAAAAUCUGAAUGGCGUAAGGUCGACUUGUUGUACAGUGACACUUUUCUGAUGGAUAUAUAGCUUCAUGAACUGAAAUUAUGACAAAUCAAAAC